CACCAGGAAGAAGAGGCAGAUGUUUACAUGCCUCUCUCUAGUGGCCAGCGUUUCAGUUGUAUUGUUUCUACACGAGAGCAGCCCAUCCUUCAUGCACGCCCACUGUUUGUUACACAAACUUAUAUCAUGAUUUCGAGAUCACUCCGGUCAUAGAAAGCCAUCGAGACGUCUCUCUUCACAUAACAUCGAACAUCGCUUCGACCUGUCAAUUCAGGAUGUGGAUUCCUCUGCUGAGUUUGACUGCCCUUCCACACGUUGGUGGGAUAUUUGGAGGUUUAAUCACAAGGAAGGAGGUGAAGACCUGGUACACCACGCUCAAGAAACCCUCAUGGAGGCCACCUAACGCUGCCUUCCCAAUAGUGUGGACCACUCUCUACACUGGCAUGGGCUACGGUUCAUACCUUGUGUGGAAAGAGCUUGGAGGCUUCACCCAGGAUUCACUGGUACCACUGGGGCUCUAUGGGAUGCAGUUGGCGCUUAAUUGGGCCUGGACCCCCAUCUUCUUUGGCGCUCACAAAAUUAAACUGGCGAUGAUAGAGGUAGUGAUGCUGACUGGCACAGUUGCAGCCACAAUGGUGUCUUGGUAUCCCAUCAGCCGCACUGCAACACUUCUCAUGGUACCAUACUUGGCCUGGCUCUGCCUCGCUACCAGCCUCAACUACUGCAUCUGGAGAGACAAUCCAGACCCCAAAAAAGAUGACUAAAGAGUUCAAUAAAACAAACACUAUUCUAACUAACACUGACUAAAACAAAAAUGCAACCAUAUUUUACUUAUUUUUCUUGUUGGCCAUUUUGAAGUAUGAUAAUGAAGAAUUUAGUUUAAUUUGUAUCUUCACUUACAGUUUUGUAAUAUCAGAAAAAUUCACAUUGUGUCUUAAUUAUAAAAUAAGGAAAGGCAAUAAUGAGAAUGUUUCAGUGCUUCCAUUAUAUGAACUCAGUCCAUCAGUUCACUUACGUUCAGCAUUUUACACAGAUCACUUUACAGGCUCUUCAAACUCAAAAUGUCUCAGAUUGUUAACAGAACAAUGUUUUGCUUGCUUCCUUGGCUAUUUUUUAUUAAUAAAAAUGUUUUCUUGA